AUGAAGGACACUAAUUACUACGAUCUAUUAGGCGUCGAACCAAGCGCCUCGGACAAUGAAAUUAAAAAGGCCUACCGCAAAUUACAAAUGCUCACAAGACCGACACGAGUAUUGAAAUUCUCAAAGAAUGGUGUUGAUGAGAAAAAGCAAAAGCCUCCAUUUCCGGCUUACCGAGCGUUAGAUGGACUAUACGCCAUGAAAUUUCAUCCAGAUAAAAACCCGGAACAAAACGCUGCAGACAAAUUCAAAGAAAUUAGCCAUGCGUACGACAUUUUAAGUGAUCCUGAGAAACGUGGAUUGUACGAUCAAUAUGGGGAAGAGGGACUAUCAGGCGUUGGUGAUGGUGGUGGGAUGUCACCUGAAGAUAUCUUUGCUAGCUUUUUCAAUUUUGCCUCGGGAACUGGUGGAUUUCCGGGUGGCGCUAAAUCGAGACAAAGGCGCGGUGAAGAUAUUGUAAAACCAUUUCAUGUGACAUUAGAGGAUUUGUACAAUGGAAAAACUGCGAAAAUUUCUUUGCAGAAAGAUGUCGUCUGUCCUCUUUGUCACGGCAAAGGAGGUAAAACUGGAGCUAGGAAAAAAUGUCAUAGCUGUGAUGGAAGAGGUGUAAAAGUUAUAAUGCGUCAGAUUGGACCUGGAAUGAUUCAAAGAAUGCAGGCGGUUUGUCCGAAUUGUGAUGGUGAGGGAGAAGUGAUAAAAGAAAAAGACAAAUGUAAAAAGUGUAAGGGAACAAAGGUUAUAAAAGAAAAGAAAGUUUUGGAGAUCUUCAUAGAGAAGGGUAUGCAAGAUGGUCAACGAAUUAUUAUGCCAGGAGAAGCCGAUCAAGAGCCAGGCGUCGAAACCGGGGACGUAAUUCUUAUUCUGAAACAGAAACCUCAUUCCACAUUUGAACGUCAAGGCAAUGAUUUAAAGACCAAAGUAACAAUCUCCCUAACAGAAGCUCUUUGCGGCUUCUCCAAAGUGCUCUUAAAACACCUGGAUAAACGUGGAUUGGUAGUAACUCAACCAGCCGGCGAAGUUAUUAAACCUAAUGAAAUUAAAUGCGUAAUGAAUGAAGGAAUGCCGACAUAUAAACGCCCGUUUGACAAAGGAAACCUUUUCAUUGAAUUCAUUAUUGAAUUUCCAAAUUCAAUGUGGAUUACCCCCGAUAAUUUGAAGGUCCUCGAGUCUUUAUUACCCGAAAGACUACCAGAAGAAAAACGAAAGUCUAAUGAUAUCUUAGAUGAAGUACAAUUAAUAGAGAGUGAUUUAUCUCAGUAUGGUAAUAAAAGUGGAAAAUCUGGUAAUGUAUGGGACGAAGAAGAGGACAAUAUUGAUGAUAGUGAUGAAGAGAAUGCCAUAAAUUGCAAUCAACAAUAA